AUGCCCAAGGGGGGCGAUCUGGGUGCCGAUUAUUUGUGGAAUGCUGGAGGCACCGAGUCCGUCUGCAUGGUCUUGACGUCCAAUGAGCCGACGAUUUUCUGCAACAGUGGCUCGGUUAACCAUGUUGAAACCGAGGCUUGGAAUCAGCGCUUCCAGACUUGGCAUUUCGCGAAAUCAAUCCCUGCCGACAAGCAAGAUCGCCGCUUCAAGCAAUGGGGCCAGUGCGUGCAUUGCUACAGUCGCUGGCUGUUGGGCAGAGGCCAGAAGCGCCCACUCCCUCGCGAGGAGUCUGAUGGAGAGGGAGAGAUACUCGUAUCACCGAACGAGUAG